AGUUAGCAGCUUAUCGUUGAUUCUGACUUGUUCCUGUAUUCGUGUUCGCCACAUUAUUUAUUUUUCAGACUUUUAACUAUGGUAACACUGCAGUUUGACAGAUCUCAAAAGAUGGAUGGAGAAUCGUAGGAGGAGAAAGCAGAUAAGUUUUGUUGAAAAGUUAAAUAGAAGGAAAUUUAUAUGGGAAUUUGUUAAUUUUAUUAUUUGAAAGUGAUCAAAACUUGUUAUUUUCAAUACAAAAGUUAAAGGUGUGUUUUCAAUCAAAAUUCAGUGCUGAAAGAGCUCAAACACAUAAAAAAAGAAAAUGUCCUUGCAUCGGCCAAUAAUUCUAGAUUUCCCAGAAACAAGCAAGAAAAAUAUGAGCACUAAGAAAAAAAAAAAGAUGUCGCAAGGUUUAACGUCGCUGCAGGGCGGCUCUAACAAGGUGUUUAUACAACGCGAUUAUAGCGAAGGCACCUCUGUCAAAUUCCACACACGACUCCCCAGCGAAUUAGAAGGCCUGAUUGAGCGGCAAGUAUUUGAGUCGACCAUUAAUCGGCUAAAUGAAUUUUUCGCGGAAGCCGAAAAGGGUUCUUGCAGUACAUAUUGUGAAGGUUGCAUCGGAUGCAUUACCGCUUAUCUUGUGUACAUGUGUUCGGAAACACACUAUGAAAAGACUCUUCGAAAAAUAUCCAAAUUUAUUUCUUCCCAAAACGAGCGAAUUUACAAUCCGAAGGGAUUGCAAGUUAUCGACCCCACAUAUCGAGGUUUGCGCGUCAUAGAAAUAUCCGUGUUAGAUCGUCCAGGGCGAACGUGACUCCCGCUUUCUCAUUCAACCGAAGAGUUUUUCAUGUGAAAAUAUUUGGUGUAAUAACAACAACAAAGGCAUCCAAAUAAUGCUCCGAUUAUUCACAAUUUUAUUAUCAUUUUUUAUCAUUUUUAGAACGAAAGCCAAGUCUAAUUUAACCAUCUCUAGUUACUCCUGAUUGUAAUAUAUUUAUGUAAAUCAACUGUAAUAGAUUCUGGCUUAUGUUCAAAAAGCCAUGAAAACGCAAAAACCACAACAAUUUUGACUUCUGAAGUUAAUCAACAAAAAUACUAUUUAUAAAUAUUGUGUGAAUAGAUUUGAAUUAAGAAAAUAUUACAUAUUAUGCCCUAUUUAUAUUAUUUGUACUGAAUUUAUAUACCCAAAAAACAAAAGUCCUAAUAAGUAAAGCCUCUAUAUCCAACUAGGGCAUAGACGAUUGGAGUUAGUAAAAAUUGAAAUAAUUACGACUUAAAAGUUGUAAGCAGAAUUUCACAAACCAACUAGUGUUUCAUCUAAAUCCAGUUGUGUACUGAUAUUUAUACAAACUGUUAUAAAUUCAGAAAACAAAAUCUACAUAUUGUGUGAAAGUCACUAAUUAAUUUUGAACAAAGUAAAAAAAUUUAAUGUGUAAACGUUCGUAUUCCAGCUCAUAAGCACAUUAAUGCGUUGCAACAAAAACUGAUAAUGUUAAUUAAAAAGAAUACUAAUAAAAAUAUCGACUUAAAAUGUGAAUGUGUGUGUUUGUGCCAUAUUGGACAAAAUAAAUUUAAUCAGCAAAAAUUUAAAUAGUUAACAGUAAAACACAUUGAUUUGUGUGGUUAUCCAGUAUAUUGUUUUAUUUUUAUUUAAUACAAUAAAUUUAAUCUGCUUUUCCAAUCGUAAAUUUCAAUCCUAACCUUAUAUAAACAAAACUAAAUCAUAUAUAAGUAUACACAAAUAAUUUAUUAAUUUUCUGUUUGGUCUUAUGCUGUCUGAAGUUUGAACAUGAAGGCGCAUAGAAAAGUAGUCUAAUCAUUGAACCCGUUUUGAUCGAAAAAAUGCUGAUUCCAUCGAGAAAUAUUACGUUGAUAUCACUGAAGUUGUUUCGAAAAUAAAAGUUUCGCUUACCGACUCAAUAAAAUACAUUCCAUGUGUAAAUAAUGGAACUAAUUUGGAAAGCA